CCACCGCGGGCACCUGCCCUUCUGCGUUCACAACCGCCUUCGGUCUAACCUAAUAGCUGGCUGCUGCCGGGUUAAGCCCAACCCUUCCCUCUGACCUUGGGGCGCCGCAGCUCCCCGCCCCGAGCCCUCGCAGACGCCUUAGGGGCUCCCUCUCCGGGAUCAGACAUCCUCCCAUCCCCCAACGCCUAAAUUUAGGACAGCGAAGCUUUAGGGACAGCGUCUCUCUUCCGAGACCGGCCAGACUUCACCCCAAACAGAGAAAGGUGGAAAGAAAGGGAAAGAUGAGGGAUAGGAGACCGGAACCCCGAAGAGCACCCCUCCAGCUACCCGCUGGAGCCAGGCCGACGUUGGUUUCAUUCUGCCAAACUUGGGAAAGGUGAUUCGGAAGCAUGGGUGUCCCGGAGAAGCGACCACAAAGUUAGCAUACCCCUGGAGGAGCUCGGGUUAAGGAAACAGAAAGAGCAUGAGUGACUCAGCCAGAAUGGAAGUGUGUCCUUAUUGUAAGAAGCUGUUUAAACGAUUAAAAUCCCACUUGCCAUACUGUAAGAUGAGAGGACCAAACAUACCUGCUGGUCAAGAGGUUUAUCAGUCCAAGCCAGCUAUACUCCCACGUGCUAAAAAAUUGAAAGGACCAAUCAAAGAUGUAAUUAAAGCUAAAGAGAAAAAGUUAGAGGCAGUGAGUGACGCAAGGAAUACUAAAUUAAAGAAGGACAAACCAGAAAAGACCAUUGAGACUUUUCCACUACUAGAUGGCGGUUUGGAAAGUACUACCAAGACAGAUAAAGACAUCCAGAAUCAAAUUCAACUUUCCUUCAGAAUGAUAAAUGAUAAACCAAAGAUUACGUUCCAGGGAGAGAGCAAGGCUCCAUUUUAUGCAUCAAAGAACAUCGUUCCUAAAAGGGAACUUGCCAAAGAUUUCCCUAAUUCAGAGGAUAGUAGAUGUAAUCCUUCAGAAACCGAAGCAUCUUUAUUGGUUAGCCUGUCAGAACUUCCUUUGUCAAAUCAAGGUAAGAAAUAUUCCUCAGUCGUACCUGUUGAAGUACAGACCAUUUCUACUCGUCUGAAAUCAGACAAAAUUGGUCCUCAGAGGCAAGAGCUUCUAGUAAAAUCACUAGAGGUGCCUAUUGAUGAUUAUCAUAGUUCUCCAGAGAAUCUCAUUGAUGGGGUUAAAAGAGUAAGAACAUCAUUGACAGUGAACAAGCAAGAUUCCAAAAGCAGGAAUCACUUCUCAGUAGACUCUACUGACGUGAGAGACACUGAAAUGCAGGAAAAGAACACAGAAUCGUUCAUUGUAGGGCUUAAAAUUAGCCCAGUGGGUGAGUUCCAAGUCAAGAAGAACCAGGAAAAAGGACUUCUUAGUCUUGGAAUAGAGACAUGUGGGAGCCAAGGAAAUACAGAGCGAAGUGUGUCUGUGACAGAAAUGCAGGACUGGACUUCCGGGGGCAGUGGCUCCAAGAACUUCAAUACUGACAAUUCAGCCACAGGAAAGAAAUCUCAAGUUGAAAGUCCUUGUGUAAAUUUGUUUACUCCAAGGGAACUGACUUACAGUAAGUCUCUUUCUAUAUCUCAGUCAGGAAAUCAAAGUCUUGGCUCUAUGGCUAUUACAUUUUUUCAGCAAGAGAAAGCAGGAGUCCCUGAUGUGAAGACGUUAAUGGAGAGUAAAGGACAGGCUUCUCUGGAGCGAUGCCUGCAUUCAGCCCAGCAUCACACUUCUAAAAGCUCCUUUGUCAAAAACGUCAGUGCUACUGACAGAAAGACCCUUCAGCUCCCACGCUCAGUGGGACUGGAGUGGUUUCCAGAGCUCUACCCUAGUUAUCUUGGACUGGGGGUGUUGCCAGGGGAACCUCACUAUUGGAAAGCAAUGGUCCAGAAGCCUCAGCGUGGCUGUCCCCAAGCGAGAAGUCUCACACAAGUCCCGUUGUUGGAAAGAAGUUCCGCUGAUAUAAGGAGUUUGGAACCCCCGCCCAGGCUCACAACCUCCAGCUUCGCUCUCGGGAGGCUCCUGGGAGCUGUACAAACAGGCUGGAUCAGGUGCAGCGCCACCAUGAAGAGGAGCAGAGUUGGUGGCAUCACCAUGCUUUUUACGGGAUACUUCCUCCUGUGUUGUAGCUGGAGUUUCAGGCAGCUAAGUGAGGCCACACGGGAAGCACAGAUUCGAUUUCUGGCCCACCUUGAAGAAAGACUGUGUGUGCUAGUGCACACCUGUGUCCUAGCUACCUGCAAGACUGAGGCUGAAGGAGCACAACAUGAGACGCUGUCUGAAAUACCACACCCCUCCCCAUACACACACACACACACACACACACACACACACACACACACACGGCAUGGGCGUGGGGGGGGCAGGAAUGAGAUUUGAUUCUAACUGGCUUUUCUGGACUGACUGAGUGCCUAGGAAGGAGGAGGAGAGGGUGAGCCGCAGGGACUGACGGACGCACUGUGUCCCGGCGGGAAGGGCGCAGGGCAGCUCUGCUAUGAGACAGCUGCUUCUGGUGACAGGGAGGAGCUCCUUCCCAGUCAGCCCUACAGAAGAGGCCAAAACCCAGAGUCAUUUCUCCCACAGAGAAAAAGGCUUUCCUUGAGUGUUUUCCCAGUCCGGCAGGGGUUAGUCAGUGCCUGAUACUGGUCGGUAGCUAUUUUUCACAUCACGGAAGAAAACGGGACACAAACUUCUCGUGCCUAACACUCCAUUUCUGAAUGCCAAAACCAAACUAGCACGAUGGUCUAUAAAGCGAGUGAUAGGAACCCCCGGAGUAGCCUCGUGGAUCCUUACGUUUAUCUCUGUU